UUUAUCAACAUACUAUUUUAAUCAGGCGGGCGUUAGGCCACCAUCGAUGUUAAUUUCCCAGCAUUCCUUUCGGACUUCCUUUUCCUCCAUUUUUUCUUACAGUGCAGGUUUGCCAAGCCUGGACGAAAGUCAGUAACAAUGCCUGGAAGACUGUGGAGUAAGGCCAUCUUUACUGGCUACAAGCGUGGCCUGAGGAACCAGCGUGAGCAUACGGCCCUUCUGAAGGUAGAGGGAGUUUACACACGCGACGAGGUAGAUUUCUACCUGGGCAAACGCUGCGCAUAUGUCUACAAGGCCAAGAAGAGCACAAAGACACCCGGUGGCAAACCCAACAAGACGAGGGUCAUCUGGGGCAAGGUCACUCGUGCUCACGGGAGCAGUGGUAUGGUGCGCGCCAAAUUCAGCAGCAACCUUCCCGCAAAGGCAAUUGGACACAGGGUGCGAGUGAUGCUCUAUCCAUCCCGUGUGUAAUGUGCUGUUGUGUACAUACAAUAAACAAACUUGGUCC